AACAAGAUCCUCUCCCGUCUCUAUCGAGUUCACAGUGAGAAAAGAGAAACAAAAAAAAGCUAACUGUUCGUUUGUGUUGUGCUUCACGCCACGAAUUUUUUAAAAUCAGAGAUAGAGACCCCAUCGAUUUAAUUUGAUUUCUCGAAUAAAGAAAUUACUCUGUGUGAAGAAGCAAUCAUUAUCAUCAUCAACCUCCUCCAAAUUCUCGAUUUCAAUUCUCCUACCGAUUCAUCAUCGAGAGGCGUUUCUUUUUCUGGAAAAUGGAGAAAGUUUCGUCGCCGUCUUCUUCACGGAGGUCUGCUUAUCUUGAAGCUCUUACACAAGAGAUUAAGAAGAAGCUUACUCGGGCUGUUGUCUCUCCAGCACAAACACGCAACUUGUUGCAAGACUUGUUUGCUGAUAUAGCUCUCGAAGUCGACGAACGUGCCAAAGAUGUGCUCCUUAGAAAGGAAGAGGAUGUGAUAUCUGAUGAAGCGGAUGAUACUGAUGGUCCGUUGUGUUUCUUCGACGUGCUUGCUGAUUAUUAUGUCAAAGUGUCUGAGAGAGGGAAAGAUAUACUUGAUUUGAUGGUUCAGCUGUGGAGCCAGUCCUUUGCUUCACACAUCUUCUCUCUCCUCUUCCACAAAUGGCUGUUUGAGGCUGAGCUUGAGAAUCAAGAAAUACUCCUCCGGUAUUCUUCUGCUCUGGUGCAGGGAGCAACAAAUGUGUUCUGGAUUGACAUCCAGACAAAUACAAGACGCUUCCAAACUCUCUUUCGGUAUCUUCUUGAGGAAGUUGCUUUGGAGCCGAUCAGAUUGAAAAAAAUCCCCAUACAGGCUCAGAGGGAACUGUAUCUCUUGCUCUCACGCUUCAUUUUCUUUUACAAUUCAGUGGACAGGCUCGAUAGCUUCUUGAGGAACUUCCCGGAGUUUCCUAAUGCUUUUUUGGUUGGAGGAGCUGGAGAUUUCCUUGUUAUAGAACUUACUGAUCAGCUGCAAAAACUGAAAGUAGAACCAGUGCUGCUACACUAUCUUUCUCAGAUGAAGAUUCUUCAAGGUAUGGAACUGAGAAUGACAACCAGCACGAGGUUGAAGGCGUGUUUGUACAGUUUUACCUCUCCCGGAGGUCCAAUGUACCCGACAAGAGCUGUCCGUCAUGCAGCCUGGGAUGCUUUGGAUUCCCUCUUUCCAGUCGGGCGUUACCCGAGGCAUCUCAUCAGUCUAUUUUUCAGGCUGCUGUAUCCGUGGUACUGGCCAUCCUCGUGUUGGAACUUUGUGGUUUCUUGCAUUAAAGCAGUACUUUAUUCCAUCGUGAGGCUCAUCUUUUCACGGCGAGAGAAGCCAAGGCAGAGCUAAAUAGCUUUUACUCAUUGAUGAAAGCCUGCAGCAGGAUUCCAGUCCUUACUGUAUAUAAUGUGGUUUUGGUCAACCAGAGAACUUUACCCUUCACCUGUAUCGCGUUCUAUGGAGAACAUAAAAUCCGUUUCGAGGAAGAUCCCCAUGGAAAUAGCUCUUGACGUGUGUUUUGUUGUCAUUGUUAAAGUUGUUAUUUUACUGCUAUAGAGGAUCAUGUGCACACCAGGAAUCCUUUUUUACGUAGUCAUACAUUUCUCUUUAUUUCUGUGUUUAGUUGUAUAGAUGUGUGAGAAGAACCCAUUACAAGUUUCA